CAUCUAGUGACGGUUUCCCUGAAUUUAGUUUUAGUGCUUGUUGUCAGUUGGGAGGAAAGACAGACGUCCUUUGCUGUUUAUUUAUGGUUGAAGACUUGGCUUGUUAGUUAGCCAUGUCUCGCUUUACCAGUGCCUUCGUUGCAUCUCCUUAUAGGAGUGAUCAGGCUCCAAAACCAACUGAUAAGAGGUGGAGUAGGCCUCCAGAGGGCCUUGUUGUACCCCAGGAUGUGGAGAGGGGGCUGGGGCCAUGGAGUAAGGACCAGGGGCCGCCCAGCUCAGACCCCCCUCUCCCCCCUCAGCUGUGGGGACCCAAACGGCAGCUAGGCCAGUCCAGCCCUGGACCCAGGGUUCCCAUGGAUACUGCUACCAGGUACAGGAUGACCAGCAGACAGCAGACAGGAACAGCUAUCCUGGUGCGUGGUUGUCGCAGGCAGAGUCCGCUUCCUCUACAGGGUACAGCUGUAGGGAGACUGGGGCUGUCAGAGGAGGAGGCCAAGGAGCAGAUGGAGAACGACACCGUGGAGUUGGUGAGAGAGCUGGUUACCAUGCCGUCCAGAGACAGAGUCAAAGCUGUACGAGGCCUUCCUGUAAGUCUGGGGGAGCGCAGAAACAUCAGGUGCCGUGUCUUAGCAGAGAAGUUCUCCAGGAGGAGUCUAGAGAGAACAAGCUGCACUGACUGUUGGGAGCAGAUCUCACUGUCUGUUCGUAGGUGCAGCAGUGUGGUGUUUUUCAGACAGUCUCUCUCUCUGUGGCGCGGUUCUCUGAGGGAGAUCAGUGGAAGGUUUGGUUCUGCUGUCCUCUGCUACUUCCUGUUUCUAAGAUGGCUGCUCCUCUUCAACCUCCUCUCUUCCCUCCUCAACCUCUCCUUCAUCACGUUGCCAUGGGCGCUGCUUGGCACCGACACUCAGGGCGCCGGGGCAACUGCCGGGUUCAGGGGACUGGAGCUCCUCACUGGAGUGGGGUGGUUCAAUGUGUCCAUGCUGUACUAUGGUGUCUACAGGAGUAACAGUGUGCUGAGUGGAGGCCAGUCUAGUUAUAACAUCCAGCUAGCUUACCUCUUUACCAUCACCUCCUACAUGCUGCUCUGUGGAGCCUCAGUCACAUACAGCAUGGCAGGGUGUCUCCAGACUGGUGUUGUGGCGUCAGGUGUAGCGGCUCAGAGACCUGGCUCUCUGUCUGGAAGAGGAGAUGACUACUGGAGACUGUUGUGUAGCUGGGACUUCUCUCUGCUGCACCACGCGGACAUACACACACACAGGACCAACCUGCUAGUACAUCUAAAGGAGUCUCUAAGGGAGAGCAGAGUGGAGAGAGAGCUGUCUGUGUCAGACAAGAUGAGGGCCUGUCUGGUCCGUCUGGCUGUCUGGCUUCUGUCUGUCUGUCUGGCUACUGGGGCCUGUGUGGCUGUCUACUACCUCUGUCAGCACAACCUGCAGUGUGUGGUAACGUCCCCCAGUCCAGAGGAUGUCCUGACGGAGGCCUGGUCUCUGCUGCUGCCUGUAGCAGUGUGUGUCCUCAACACCUUCAUAUCACUACUCUACACACACACACACAGACUGGAGCGCUACGAUAGCCCACGUACACGCGUCUACGUCACGGUGCUCAGGAAUGCGAUGCUGAAGGUGUCUAUCCUAGCCGUGUUGUGUUACUACUGGUUAGCGCUGGUCCCCGGCAACGUCCCGUGCUGGGAGUCGUAUGUUGGUCAGGAUGUGUACCGGCUGGUCAUAGUGGACUUCAUCUUCUGUCUGCUGGGAUCCUUCUGUGGAGAAUACCUCUACAAUUUGCCCAUCUAUCUGUGGUUAUUCCAUGUUUAG